UCCUGAAGAAGCCAGGCAAAAACGUAUCGAGCUUGACGCGCAAGUUCGAAGAAAACAUCGUGAGCAGCUUAUUACUGCUAAGCGGAUCAAACAUAAUUUGGAUGCUUACCAAGACGAUGAUGCUGAGGUUUUACGUGUUAAAAAUAUUUUACACAUUGCAGAAUCCGAAUUUGAUUUGACUUUUCAAGACAUUGAAAAGUUGAAAUCUGGCUUAAAUGAUUCAGAUCGUGAAUCACGCCUUUCUAGUCUUAAAGACUUGAGCACAUACCUUGCGGAUCCUCCAGAUACUUUGAAUCAUUUCGUUGUAAAUGAUAAUUGCAUCGAUAUUUUGAUAGUAUGUUUUUUAAUUACUUUUCGUUUAACUGCUUUAUCGUUACAAGAUCAAGCAGCUUGGGCAAUUGGCAAUCUCGCAGCGGAAGCCCCUGAAUGUCGAGAUUUACUUCGUGCAAACGACGUUUUGGUUCCUUUGAUUGAAUUGCUUAACUCCAAGACUACAUGUUUUGCUCUUUCCAAUCUUGCUCGUGGGCCAAAUGCAAAUUUGGAUGAAUUUUUCUCUGCGGGCAUAACUCAGCAUCUUUUGUUUUACCUAGAAGCUGAGGAACGUAUGCGGCCUUUCAAUCAUGGUCCUCUAGCGCUUCCAUUGAUUCGUACACUUGGUAACAUUGCCAGUGGACCGGAUGACAAUACUGACAUUUUGAUUCAGCAGCCAGAUUUUUUACCUGUUAUGCUCGAAUAUAUUCAAAGUGACUGCAGUCGUCGUCCAGAAGUUUUGAUCAAAGUAUUUAAUACUGGAUUUAUUCCAAUUCUCUCAACUAUUGCGACACAUACCAAUUUUGAUAUUCGUAAGGAGGCCGCAUAUAGUUUGCUAAAUAUUGCUUCACAUGGAGAAGAAUAUAUGAGAUCGUUACCUCAUCAGGAUCUUUUACCAGAAUUCGUUCGUUCUCAAGAUAUCGAUCUGAUACGUUUGGGAUUAGGAUACAUUGAAUUGCUAUUAACUCAAGUACAAAAUGGCCAACAACUCAUGGAGCAAAUGCAGGGAAUUGAUGCGUUGGAGUCAGUUACAUUGCUAGAAGAGCCGUCACUGCGUGACACAUCUACUCGCUUAAUGGAUAAAUAUUUUGGAGAAGAUUUUUAUUCUAAUAUCAAUGAAGUCCAGCUAGUUGAAUAA